AUGCUCGCAGUCGUAGCCCCUCGGUCCCCACAUCAACGGAUGUCGCCUUCAUCUUCCCAUGCAUUCCUCAACGGUCCGCAAAGCCCUUCGACUCCAGGUCCAAGUCGUUUUGCCAGUUCGCAGCAUCGACUCUCUCAAAUGACUCCGGCUCACGGUUCAUCGUCCCACCGCGAGGAUGCGCCCCAACAUCGAGAUGGUGCUGCAGACACGUCCAGGACCAGCUCUUCGCCUUCUCCACAUCAUGCACCGGCAACACUGCCGCCGAUGCAUGCGACACCACUCAAGACCAGCUUGCGUCUCAGUCAUCCUCCGCCCGCGCCGUCAUCCUCCUUUCUACAGCAUGCCACGCCCCAAUCAAAGCGAACUCGUUUCAGCUACACAGAGACGGAUUCGGCGACGACCACUGCAUCACCCUUGUCGCGAACUCCAAACUCACUUCACAACGCCAGCAUCGGCUCGACAGACACAUCCUCGCUGUCCGCAUCCUCGCUUUCGAACGUACGGCCGCUUUCGGGCAUCUCGCUUCCCCGUCCUCUGCCCGCAACCCCAUCACGGCCGCAGCGACCCUCCCCCUCGACUUCCAACGCCCCUCACUUGAUACCCAUGCCACAACGCAGCAUAGAGGACUUUCAGAGGCUCUUACCUCCGCCUCAGCCUUCCACCGCUCGAUACUCACGCACAGACACUCCUCAGCGCGCGUUGCUUCAAAACAUUCCACCUCAGCCUCCCAUGCCAAUACAGACCGGCAAUAUGAACGCCGGAAACUAUACACACCCCACCGUUCCCACAGUCGAGACGCUUCCCAGUCGGCGUUCGUGGUCAUUGACUGGCUUUCGCUCCUUCGACCUCGACCUCGAUCGCAUCGCCCAAGUCGUGCAGCUCGAACAGGAUCGCCUCCAUAGUGCCGACGACUCUGCUCCAUCGGACCCGACUCGCACUCAGCCGCAACUAGAGUUCGUCGACACUUUCGGAGCCUCCUUUUGCGGGUGCCAAGAUCGUGGUCUUCCGUCUGGCUCUAUCCUCGAGAUGCUUGGUCCACCGGGCAGUGGCAAGUCCAGCUUCCUUCUCCAAUUCGCCAUUACCGAAAGGCUACGUGCGCUACGCCGAGCGCGAGAAUCCCUCUGGAUUCCUCACGGUCAUGACGAGGCAUUGGCCCCAAAUGACGCUCAAAUCAAUCACCCCUUCACUGAUUCGUCAUACUUUUCCGAGGAGUUCUGGGACGCUGAAGUAGCGACUGCGGAUCAAGUCCUCAUCAUCGACUGCGAAGGUGCGCUAACGCCGGAGAAGGUGGCUGACGCAGCUUGGACCGCCGUGAUCGAAUUGUGGGCGUCAUUACCUGGUCCAUCAGAUGGCUCGGAUCGCGUGGAAUCGGGCAAGUCGACUUUGCAAUGUCAGCGCUCAGCCAUGCCAGAGGAUGUCCGUCGUCUUGUGGCGGCAAUUCUCACGGGCCUUCACGUAAGUCGUGUCACGAGCUUGGCCGGUCUCGUUGCACUCUUACACUCGCUUCGACCCACCGACGAGCUACAAGAGGGUCUUUCAAAGAAGGCGUUGCCGUCAGCACUACCGCUGCGGACUUCCCUGAUCCUCAUCGACUCUCUAUCGUACUACUUGCGACCUUCAGGCGGAAGCGGUCAAGAUCGCAAAACUGCAGCACAGGUCAGCGAGCGCGUGCAUGAUCUGGUACUUCGCCUUCAGAAGCCGUUCGAGUACAUGCCACACCACGAAGCGACAGCAGAAGAGCGAGAAGCGGCAAGGAAACACUGUUCCGACGCCGCUGAGAAGCUGUGUGUGCCGACGAUCGUGUUCACGAACCAACUGGGGAUCCGACGUGGACGCAAAGAGUCCGAGGCUUCGGGAAGAUCAAGUCCCGCAGGUCGUCCGUCCAUGGGUACUGGCAGCAGCCGCUUUUCCAGCAGGAACAACGCAGGAUCCGAAGGUCCGUCGACGCUAGCCCCGUUGUUGAAUGGUACGAGACCACCUCAACCCGCAAGGCUUCGCGACGAGCGACCUGCCUUCAGUGUCGCGUUGGGCGGACCCGAGAUGUGGGACGACGAAGGAGGGACAGCGGUGAUGCCGCGUCAUCGGCAGCAAUACGGCGGCCGCAACGCACCUUCUCAACCGGUCAGUCACGACCGAGGUUGGCCGCCAAGCUUUCUUGGGCAGGAUGUGUGGAGAAUGUUGCUCUUCAGACAUGGUACAUUUGGACAUCGCUACGCGCAGAUAACAUCGGUGCCACCGGCAGUGCAGACAGAGCUGAGCGAGUUGUGGACGCAGACGAAGGAGCGGGUCAACGCUCGAGCACAGGCUGGCGCUAUCGCAACCAGCGUCGCGGCACAUCGCGCAUCCGACGGGCAGGCUUUGCAAGAGCAGCCAGAAGCACAGGAAUCCACUGCACAAACAGGAGCCUCUCUAGCGGAUUCACCUCCUGAGGACGUCGCUGACAAGCAGGACCAGCGGAUCCUGGAGCUUCUGAGGCAGCUCCAAGCGAGUCUUUUCCGAUGGCGCCCGUUCCAGGUCGAUUCGCGCGGUCUCGUCUCUUGA